AUGUGGCGCCCGCUCAACUUUCUCAUAGCGCUCAUGGCGUUUGUGGUGGCAGCGUCUGCUGCUGGCGCGAAUCUCUUUGACGAAGCCUAUGAAUCCUUGAGCCAAAAUUUCCAAAAUUUAAAACGGGAUGAUCUGACUGUUCAGCAAAUAGAGGGCAUUAUUAGCCAAGUCAAUGAUUCAGGAAUCAUUACCACAGCUUUGGGUCUCCUUGCAGCCUCAGAAACCCAGCAAGACAACAUUGUCAACACGGUGGCUGGAUUCAUCAGGAAUGGCUCCAACCCACUUGCCGGCUUCAAUGUGUCGCUCAACGUGCUGGCAGUGAAGGACCAGGCGCUCAAGUCGGGACUUAUCAACUCCACGGCCGACGCUCUCCUUAAAAAUGACCAAAACCGUAACCUUUUGGCCUCCAAAACCGGCCAGUUUCUUAGUUCUGAAAUAUGGGUUUCGGUGAUUCUUCGAGAUAUUGGAAAUGGUCACAAGUUGAGCACUAAAUGGAUCGCGGACACCGCCAGGAACUUUAAACCAUACAGACGUGAUGGCAACAACAAUAACAACAAAUUAGCAAACUUGCAAGGCGUUCUCAAAGCCGCUGUUUCUGCCGAUGACAGCUCCGACCAGUACGCCGGUUCGGCGCAAAAAUUCUUCAACAACUUUAUUAACGCCGCCUUGGACUCGAACCUCGUAAACGAGUCGCUCGACGAUAUCCUCCAAGCGCUCAACAACACCGGCAUCGUACCCACUGUUGUACUUCAGGUGAUGAACGACACCAGUAUAUUGAAAAUGUUCGGUAAUAUCAUCCUGAAACUCUACGACACCGGAGUCCUCGAUAAUAUCAACUUACAGUAUUACUUUGAUCAGGCCAAGAAGAAGGGAUACUUGGCCGAAGGAGUAAAUUUUGCGUUCACCGACCCCAAUUAUUCUCCUUACGUGGGUAAACUCUUCCAGACCAUGGACAACAAUGAUGUGUUUAAAAAUAUCCAAUACGGCAUAUAUGGAUCGGGAGAUGGAGGAAGAAACGACGGCAGUGGGUCGUAG